UGGUAAAUGAACUGAUGGGUGUGUUUGGUUGUUGAAUCCGCCGGGUGUUUAUGGGUGUGUUUUAUAUUUUUUAGGAGCCCGGGUGGUGAUGGCGUGCAGGGACCUGACCCGGGCGGAGCGGGCGGCGGAGGAGAUCCGUCAGUCGACAGGAAACGGUAACGUGGUGAUCAGACACCUGGACCUCGCCUCGCUUUACUCCGUCAGACAGUUCGCUAAAGACUUCCUGGACACUGAGGACAGACUGGACAUCCUCAUCAACAACGCAGGAGUGAUGAUGUGUCCACGAUGGCUGACUGAGGACGGUUUUGAGACUCAGCUGGCUGUCAAUCAUCUGGGUCACUUCCUGCUGACCAAUCUGCUGCUGCCGAAGCUGAAGAGCUCCGCCCCCAGCCGCGUGGUCACUGUAUCGUCCAUCGCCCACCGCGGGGGCCGAAUCGACUUUGACGACUUGUUUUUCAGCAGAAGGAAGUACAGUUCUCUGGAGAGCUACAGACAGAGCAAACUGGCCAACGUCCUGUUCUGCAGAGAACUCGCCCGACGACUCAAAGGUCCCCGAAACACUGAACACCA